GAAGCCAACGGGCACAACCCCAUCCGGGCCACUCCGCCAGCCUCGCUGGCCUCCUGCCCCUGGCCACCCCGGUGUGCUGGGGCCCACCGCUCUGCAUGCCCGCACACCCAGACUCCUAGACUGCGGCCAGCCAAUGCACACCCACGUCUCUUAGGCCGUGGCCUAUCGGCGCACUGCCCCCCAUCUCCUAGGCCACGGCCCGCCUGUGCACCGCCUCCCCCCCCAAGGCCGCGGAGCACCUGUGCCCCCCACCCCUGUCUCCUAGGCUGCGGACCACCGGCGCACCAUCCGUCCCCGUCUCCUAGCCCGCGAACCGCCUGCGCACCCCCGUCUCCCAGCCCGCGGCCCACAGCCGACAGACAGGAAAUGCCUGCCGCCAUCUUGUGCGCCGGGAGUUUCAAAAUGGGGCUGCGACUCCUGAGUGCUGCCCUGCUGUUUGUGGGCAGCGCUCUCCCGUACGCAGCGCACUACUCACUCUCUGAAAGGACUGGACGCGGCCCCUGGCAGGAGCAGGUGGCUGCCCCGGGGUGGCCUGAGGCCCCGCGAGCAAGGCGGAGGGCACCCCAGGCCCGGGAGGAGGGAGCCGCAGACGAAGAGGGCAGUAUCUGUUCAUUCCUCUCUUUGGACGGUGUCCUGUGCGUCUUCCCCACUUCUGUAGUGUUUGGAUUUGGGUCCCUCCCUUUCUGUCGUUCCAACUGUUUAUUUUUAGAUUGUGGAACAGCACCACUUGCAGAUGCAUUGAAAGGGUCUCGGAUUAUAGGGGGCACAGAAGCUCAAAUUGGUGCAUGGCCAUGGCUAGUUAGCCUGCAGAUCCAAUCAGGCAAAAUUCUUGCUCACAUAUGUGGGGGAAGCUUAGUGAAAAGUAAGUGGGUCCUCACAGCUGCCCACUGCACUAAGGACACUAGAGAUCCUUUAAUGUGGAGAGUUGUGAUUGGAACUAAUAACAUACAUGGAGGUCCUCCAUACUCCAAGAAGAUAAAAGUUAAAGCAAUCAUUAUCCAUCCAGAUUUCAAUUUGGAAACUUACGUAAAUGAUAUUGCGCUUUUUCAUUUAAAAAAAGCAGUGAGGUAUAAUGACUAUAUUCAGCCUAUUUGUCUACCUUUUGAUGUUUUCCAAAUGCUGGACCAAAACACGAAGUGUUUUAUAAGUGGCUGGGGAAGAACAAAAGAAGAAGGUAAUGUUACAGAUGUGUUACAGGAAGCGGAAGUACAUUAUAUCUCUCGAAAGAUCUGUGAUUCUGAGCAGAGUUAUGGGCAAAUAAUCCCUAACACCUCAUUUUGUGCAGGUGAUGAAGAUGGAAUUUUUGAUACUUGCAGGGGUGAUAGUGGUGGACCAUUAAUGUGCUACUUACCAGAACACAGACGAUUUUUUGUAAUGGGAAUCACCAGUUACGGAUAUGGCUGUGGUCGGAAAAAUUUCCCUGGUAUCUAUUGUGGGCCCUCCUUCUACCAACAGUGGCUGACGGAUCACCUCUACCGGGCAAGCAGUAAAGGCAUAUUUAACAUAAAUGUUCUACUUGGACAGGUCCUCAUAGCCUCAGGUUCUGUUGUCUUACUGGGAAUCCCAUAAUGAAAUUCUGAAGAAUCUUUAUCUUGCGUUGUGUCCCUUUCCAUGUUCCACCUAAUGAAACCCAUUUAUUCUUUUGGCAAGUAAUUGCCCGCUUUGCACUUCUC